AUGGAAAGUGAUAAUAAUUCAGGGCUAGUUGAAGAGCAGCCUGUUAAUAUUUCACCAAGGCACGAGGAAAGCAAUGAUAAUUCAGGGCUAGUUGAAGAGCAGCCUGUUAAUAUUUUACCAAGGCACGUUAACUUUCUUUUAACUCAUUCGGAAGAAGCAAUCGAUGCUCUAGUAGUAGGACAAACAUCUGAAUAUAAUAAGGGAGUUUGUCGAAUUCGUCGAUACGCUUGUGAACAUCAAGGUCGUAAUAGUACAAAGAACAAGACUAAUAUCGCUGAAAACCAACAACAGACACGAAACACUAGUGCUAAUGCAAUAAAAGAACUUGAAGAUUUCAUGAAUGGCUUUAUCAACAAGCACACACCAAAAAAAAAAAGAAAAAGUCAUUCAAAGAAAAGUAAAAUACAACAGGAAGAAGAAGAAAAGACUACUUCGAGUUGUAGUUCUAGUGACAAAGAAAAUUUUAUAGAAAUCGAAACUCUGAUAGUUCAUUCAAAAAGAGAUGCUUCAAAGAAAAAACGGCUUAAGGGGUCUCAUGAAUUAACUAGAAAGCAAACUCAAUCCCAACAAUGUCAAAAUACUGGUAUAACAAAGCUGAUUGCAAAGCAUGGCACAGACGACAAG